AUGGCCACAGAAAUGGUUGGAGGGCAGAGUGACGACGUCCACACAACCACCGCCAAUCUCACCCCCGCCGCAAUGGACGACUAUACCUUCCCGGAGUUGCGCCUCAAGCGCACGAUGAACGAUCCCGAAAAGACCCCCCUCCUCCUGGUCGCAUGUGGCUCUUUCUCCCCCAUCACCUACCUGCACUUGCGCAUGUUUGAAAUGGCCGCCGAUCACGUCAGAUUCAGCUCCGACUACGAACUCAUUGGAGGGUACCUGUCCCCGGUAUCGGAUGCCUAUCGCAAGGCAGGUCUGGCCAGUGCAGAGCACCGCGUGGCGAUGUGUCAACUCGCUGUUGAUCAAACCUCCGAUUGGUUGAUGGUGGAUACAUGGGAACCUACACAAAAGGCCUACCAGCCCACUGCGGUGGUGCUGGAUCACUUCGAUCAUGAAAUCAAUGUUGUCCGACAGGGCGUGGAAGCCAGAAACGGUACCCGGAAGCCCGUCCGCAUUGCCUUGCUUGCGGGCGCAGAUUUGAUCCACACCAUGUCGACUCCUGGUGUGUGGAGCGAGAAAGAUCUGGAUCACAUUCUGGGCAAAUACGGCUCCUUCAUUGUGGAGCGCAGUGGUACAGAUAUCGAUGAAGCCCUGGCCAGCUUGCAGCCCUGGAAAGACAAUAUCCAUGUUAUCCAGCAGCUCAUUCAAAAUGAUGUCAGCAGCACCAAAAUUCGGCUCUUCUUGCGUCGUGAGAUGAGUGUGCGCUACCUUAUUCCUGUCCCUGUCAUCCACUACAUCGAGCAGCACCGUCUGUAUGAGGAUGACGGCACGACAGAGAAGGGCAAGGAGCGAGGGUGA